AGCUAGAGUUGAUAUAGAAUAUGAAGAUGAUUGGUCUGAAUAUAUUGAGUUUUGUUCUAUUCAUAAUUUUGAUGUUGUUACAGAACAUUUGUCUUGCUGACAACAAUUGUAGAGGGGAUGUCUCUGCAGCAAACUGUGCUGACUGCACAAACCAAUCCAUAGCUGUUGCCGUGCAGGAUUGCCUCAAGAGCAAAACUGUUAAGGUUUGGUUCACAUGGUGCUAUCUCCGGUAUUCUGACCAGCCUUUCUUUAGUGUGGGGGAUAAAUCCUCAGCAGCUAUAUACAAUAGUACCGACUCUGAUAACCCAACUGUUGCAUCCCAAGGGUUCAACUUCCUGAAGGGGCUUGCAGCUGCGGCUGCAAAUCAGACUCUGAUGUUUCAGGCUGGAGUGCUGGAUGUUGGACAAAGCGGGAAGAGGUAUGGUAUGGUCCAGUGCACUAGGGAUAUUAGUAGAGCUAGCUGCAGCAAGUGCUUGGAUGCUGACUGAUGACUUUUGGAACCAUUGUUGGAAAUAGUAGAGGAUUGGAGACUUAUGGGUAUAGUUGUAGCAUGUGGUACCAUGACUAUCAGUUCUAUUUCAGCAUAUCUACCUCUUCUAAUGGUGGUAAAUUACAUAACUGCAUUAAUCAUUGUUUUUCCAUGAUCUUGAAGUUAUACUUGCAGUAUGUGAAUGAUGAAUGAAACUAAGACAUGGCU